AUGCCGCCCAAGAAGCAGUGGAUUGACAAGAAGACAGCGAGCACUUUCCAGCUCUUCCACCGGUCUCAAAAUGACCCGUUGAUCCACGACCCCCAUGCAGAGGACCGAGUCCUGCACCACGUCGGUGGUCCUGCGCCUGCUCCUUCUUCUGCGUCAACCUCCUCGCAAAAGCCUUUCCGGAAGCUGUCCGAACUUGAGUCCGAAUUCCACGACGAGUCCGUCCGUCGCAACGAGGGUGAGGCUGCCAACUACGGCGUUUACUACGAUGACUCCAAGUAUGACUACAUGCAACAUUUGCGCGAGCUCGGCACUGGCGGUGGAGACGCAUACUUUGUGGAGGCCAAGCCUGAGAAAGGCAAGGGCAAGGGUAAGGCGUUAAAACUGGAGGAUGCGUUGCGCCAGGUUUCUUUGGACGAAGGCGAUGCGCGGAGCGCCCUCGGUGGCCAGAGUCUUUACGGAUCUGAGUAUGGUGAUCUGCGCUCGACUGCGUCCUCGUACGUUCGCAAGCCGACCUAUCAGGAUCAGCAGAACGUCCCCGAUGCCAUUGCUGGCUUCCAGCCAGACAUGGACCCACGACUGCGAGAGGCUUUGGAAGCUCUAGAGGAUGAGGCUUUCGUUGAUGAUGAAGAUGACGAUAUUUUCGGCGAGUUGACAAAGCAUGCCGAGGAGAUGGACUCUGGUGAUUGGGAGGAUACUCUGUUCGACCAAGAUGAGGAUGAUGAGGGAUGGGAGUCGGAUGCGACUGAAAAGGCACCGGUUCAAAGAGAUAGCACAGAGGCACGACAACUCGCCGAAGAUGCCGAGACUCCCUCGCAAGAUCUCGAGCCCGGCGAACUGCCCCAAGCUGAUCAGCCCGCCCCGGAUCUUCACCCUCACGAUCAGGGCUGGAUGAACGAAUUCGCCAAGUUCAAGAAAGAUGCCAAAUCCGGCAAGACUGGUGUCCCGGCCGCUCCGACGAUCGCACCCUCUGAGCAGCAGACAGUUGCAUCGACUGCCUUUACUGCUGGAGGUACUCCGAUCCGGCGCAAGAAGCGCAAGGGUGCUUUGACCAACCCAUCCGCAUAUUCCAUGACCUCGUCCGCAUUGGCACGUACCGAAGGCCACCGUCUCCUGGAUGACCGGUUCGACAGAGUUGAGGCACUCUACGCCCUUGAUGAAGAAGAGGAGUACGACGACAGCAUGUCAAUGGUCAGCGGCAUGACCGGCGCCACUGGCAUGACUGGCAUGUCUACUGCAUCAUCCCAAGCACCCAGUCUCGUCAACGCAAAUGGCGAAGGAGUCUCCCGCAGCGAGUUUCACAAUGUCAUGGAUGACUUCCUUGCCAGCUGGGACGAUAACACCAGCGCCCAGGCCAAGCGAAGGGGCGCCAAAAACAAGCGCGGCAAGAAUGGUAACGAGGCAAUCGGUAUUCGGAUGCUUGACGAAGUCCGCUCGGGCCUGGGCCCGGCUCGGUUCUCCGGUACGAACACACGCAACAAAGUCAUCUAG